AUGCCUAGCCGACUCGCAUCCUCCGUCCUACUGGCGGUCGUCACCCUCGCCACCGCCUCUCACUCGGCCAAGAUCGCGAACGACUACGACCAACCGUCCUCUGCCUGGUAUCAGCCUGAUGACCACCCCGUUCAUGCCCUCUUCAAGCGUGGCCACGUCGCGGUAGACGCCACCAUGUCUUAUCCUGAGGUAGGAUCAGCGCAGUGGCGUGCUGGGUACCCUGCAGCGGAGGCCCCCACCGAGACCUUACCCAAGGCCUGGGUCGACCGUCUCAAUGCUGCCGUGACUGCGGGCAAAAUUCCAAACAUCCCCCAGAGUAUCCUCACCCAGGGCGUUGCACCCACAUAUCCCGAGGGCUAUGACCCAAACAACUCGACUGUGUGCUCCUCGACGUACAAGUGUAUCACACCCGGCGAUAUCUGGGAUGCCCCCACGGGCAAGCUUGCUCUCAGCUUCGACGACGGUCCUCUUCCGGCAUCCACCGCUCUCCUCCAGUUCCUGGCCAAGAACAAGCAGAAAGCUACCCACUUCUUCAUCGGCACGAACAUCCUCAACAACCCUCAGGUCUUCAAGACGGCUUUCAACGACAACAAGGACGACAUCGCUGUCCAUACGUGGACUCAUCCUUACAUGACCUCUAAAUCAAAUGAACAGGUCCUUGGCGAGCUUGGUUGGACCAUGGAGAUCAUCCACAACUCGACGGGUGGUCGUAUUCCCAAGUACUGGCGCCCUCCUUACGGUGACUCUGACAUGCGAGUGAGAGCCAUCGCUAAGGAGGUUUUCGGAUUGACCACUGUGAUCUGGAACCAAGACACGAAUGACUGGAGUCUGUCUGAGCCAGUGCCUCUGACGACUUCUACGGAAAUUCAUGCCAACAUGACGCAAUGGUUGACAGGGCCCAAGACACCUGGUUUGGUGAUCUUGGAACAUGAACUCUCGAACGCGUCUGUUCAGAGCUUCAUCGAUGCGUACCCCAUGAUGACCAGCAACAAGUGGAACGUUGUCUCCCUUGCCGCACUUGAUGGAGGCGCUAGUUACCAGAAUGCGUAUGAUUCGUCAGCUCCAGUGGCCGCAGCCAACGUGGGAGACCUCAAUGUUAAAGCUCCUGCGGCUCCUGCUUCAAGUUCGACUACCCAGGCGAGCAAACCAUCGGGAACGACGGCCGGUAAGCCCAAGGCUGCUCAGAGGAAUGGAGGCUCCUACAACGAGCCCGUCACUUUUGUGUCAGUUGGCGUCACUCUAUUCUCCGUUUUGCUCGGCAUCUACUCUCUUUAAUAUGGGUCGGGGGUUCAUGAUAUAUACGAUACACAUACCACAUACUAUAAUCCCUAGCAUAUAUGCUAUACAUUCU